AUGGAGGCGUUCGACUACGUGUACGAGGCUGUUACGGUAAGGAGUUUAUGUUAUUGUUUGCAUUAUUUUUGGCAAAAAGUUUUUGAUAAGCUAAAUAGGAACGGUUCUAGGUGACGCUGAAAUUAAAAAUUUUUUUUGUUUUUUUUAAUUAGAUGUUGUUUCAGGGAAAUGCAGUUCAUUUAAUGCUGGAAGGAGUAUUUGUGGCAGUCGUCGUAUACAUGGCGGUUUUUAGAAAGAAAAAGUCGAAAGAUGAUGGCAAUUUGUUAUCAGAAGAAGAACAGGAUCGUAUCAUCUCAGAAUGGACUCCAAAGCCUCUCGUAUCUGAUACUCAGUAUGAACCAAAAGACAGGUUGUCUGACAAAAUUGAAGGGUAACUUUUUGAAAUUUUUAUUUUAGGUGCAUGGUUUAUCUGUGUUAACAGUUGUAAUUAGAAUUAUUUGUCUGCUGUGUUGAAGUAGAGAUUUCUAGAAAGGUUGGAAAGUAUGUUAAGAUUGAAGGAAAAGACUAUGUGAACAUGGCCACUAACAACUUCUUGAACUUUGUUGGCGACAAAAGGAUUGAGGUGAGGUUAUUAAAAUUGUCUUAAAGUGUUAUUCCUUUCAUUACUAGUGUAUUGUGGGUUUCACAAAGUUAAGUUAAAGUGGUAUUACUUAAGGACGCCGCAAAGAAAGCGAUAAAACAAUAUGGAGUUGGAUCUUGUGGCCCACGAAGUUUCUACGGAACCGUGGACAUUCAUCUAGAAGCCGAGAAGAAGAUCGCCGAGUUCAUGGAAUGCGAAGAAGCAGUUCUUUACAGUUUUGGGUUCGCUACAGUAGCCAGUGCCAUUCCAGCUUAUUCCAAGCGAGGGGACAUCAUUUAUGCUGACAAAGGUGAGGAUUUUCAAAAUAAGCUUUAACUGGUUAUUUAACAUUGUAAGUACUGUAAUUACUUUACUUUGUUGUGUAUAAGGUAAUUUUUAACGCAUUAUUUGGUAAUUUUGUGUUGAUGAUCAAUAUUUUCAGCCUGUAAUUUUGCAAUUCAAAAGGCGCUUCAAGCUUCUAGAAGUAAGAUUGAAUGGUUUGAACACAAUGACAUGGACGACUUGGAGCGAUUGCUUAAAGAACAGAAAGUAAAGGAUGAAAAGGUAGGUUAAAUGUCGUUUUAAGACACUAACAAUUUAUAUAGUUUUUGUUUUAUAUUUUUAACUAAUUUUAUAUAUGUAUUUACAACUUCAGAACCCUAAAGCCUCACAAGAAAUACGAAAGUUCAUCGUGGUCGAAGGUCUUUAUGCCAAAACAGCCGAUCUCUGCCCAUUACCUAGAAUUAUGGAGCUGAAGUGGAGGUACAAAGUUAGGGUAUUCAUGGACGAAAGUCUGUCAUUUGGAGUUCUGGGAUCUAGAGGAAGAGGUAAGCUUGUAUAA